CAUGUAUAAUGUGAUUUGUUAGCCAGAAAUCUUGUUGUACUAUCAAUGACCUCAGAUCUCCUACUAUAACUAAAGACUUUGAAAUAGAAAACAGUAUUUAGAGAGUGACUGCAACGCACAGGACAUGGACAUUCUACUGCAUAUUCUGCUCUUCAGUCCCUUAAUCCUAACAACGAUUGGAACAGGUCAAAAUAAUAAAGGGCCAUUAGUAACCACGAAAUAUGGACAACUGCGAGGCGUUACAGUGCCAGUAAAGGAAACAACUAGGGCCAUAGAUGCAUUUUUUGGAGUCCCUUUUGCAAAACCUCCAGUUGGUUCACUGAGAUUUGCUAAACCAGAACUUCCUGAACCCUGGAACUCUGUUAGAGAUGCUUCGGAGUACCCCCCAAUAUGUUUACAAGAAGAUUUCAUGAGUGGUCUAAGCACAUAUUUUCAAACCUCUUUUAAGAUUCCCCAGUCUUCAGAAGAUUGCCUUUACCUCAAUGUGUUCACUCCCUCCGACAGAGAAAAGAAAUCAAAAUUACCUGUCCUUUUCUAUAUACAUGGUGGUGGGCUGCUGUUCGGGUUAGCUAGUAUGUAUGAUGGCUCCGCACUUAGCGCCUAUGAGAACGUAGUGGUUGUCGUCAUACAGUACAGGGUGGGAAUCCUAGGAUUCUUCAGUACCGGAGAUGACCAAUUACCUGGUAAUUAUGGGAUGCUGGACCAAGUUGCCGCUCUUCAGUGGGUACAGGAAAACAUUGCAGACUUUGGAGGUGACCCAACAUCCGUCACUAUAGUUGGUGAAUCUGCUGGAGGUUUUAGCGUCUCUGCUCUUGUGAUUUCUCCCUUAUCCAAAGGUCUGUUUCACCGUGCCAUUGCUGAAAGUGGAGCUGUAACGAUGAAAGCCCUGAUGAUCAGCAAGUCAGAAGAUCUCAAAUAUUACAUAAAUAUAGUAUCAAAGAUCUCUGGAUGUGAGCCGGCCUCCAUAGCCAACUGUCUGAAGAAGAAAUCAGAAGAGGAACUUAGAACUAUUGCCAAAGUGAUGGGCAUGCUGCCUCCUUCUGCCACUGUUGAUGGUUUUUUUCUACCUAAACCAGCAGAGGAGAUGUUGGCUAACAAGGAAAGCAACAAGGUCCCGCUUCUCAUUGGAAUGAAUAAUCAGGAGUUUGGCUGGAUUGUUCCAAUGCUAUUAAACAUAACAACAUAUGUAACAGAAGGAAUAACACGGGAGUCUGUGAUGUUGAAGCUCCAGGAACUUCCUAUCCUGGGUCUGAGUCCUGAAGUCAUUCCUUUCGCUGUUGAUACCUAUAUUGGUGAUUCCAACGAUCCCAUGGAAAUUCGCAAUCAGUUCCUGGAUUUGUGCGGAGACGUAAUGUUCGUCGUACCAGCUGUAAAGGUUGCAAAAUACCAUCGAGAUAUGGGGCUCCCUGUUUUCCUUUAUGAGUACCAGCAUCCAUCAAGCAUAAUGUCUCAUGGGAGACCAGACUUUGUGAAGGCCGACCAUGGAGAUGAGCUCAGCUUUGUGUUUGGAGGACCCUUUCUGAGGGAUGGUGAAUUCUUUGCUGGACAUGUAACUGAUGAAGAAAAAAUCUUGUCAAGGACAAUUAUGAGAUAUUGGGCAAACUUUGCUCGGACUGGGGACCCCAACAGUCCCGGUCUGACAGCAUGGCCAGAAUACGGCAGAGAAGAACACUAUCUGCAGCUUAAUUUAAAGCAGAAAUCUUCUUCAAAGCUGAAGGAGGACAAGUUCAAGUUCUGGACGGAGGUCCUUCCACAGAAACUCCAGUCCCAGAGAGAGCAUGGAAGUGAUCACAUUGAGCUGUAGCUUCUAACAAAUAAGUUUUCUAUUUGUGUGAUAACAACAUUGUAACAAAAUAUGAUUUUUUUUCCUCCACCUUUUUAAUAAAUUUUACUUUAAUUACAUUUAUUUAAGCUUUUCUGUACUUGAAGCUCUGAGCCCAGAACAAGAUGCUGACGAAUACUGUAGCAGAGCAGUGGACGACAUUCAUGUUAAUAGGCCGAACAGAGUCAGCUAGUUACUUUGUUCAGGCUGAAUAUGUUAUUUUAGGUGGACUCAAAAGCAUGGUUUGCUGUCUUGUCUAGUCCUAAAGACCACAACCCGACACCGAAAGAAACCCUACAACUAUCAGGUACCUCGGGGUAAAGAAACAUCUAUGGACAUAUGGAUAGUUGUCUAAAGAGUUUCCUAGAUACCACGAUCUCAAUCAGAAACAGCGCUGUAUAUCUGACCAACUGAAUGUAUUUAUGAAGGGGUGAGAACAAACGUGGAAUUGACGGCUAUGCUUGUAAAUAGAGGGGGUACUAAUAGUCACAUUUAUGUUUUCUUUGUUGUGAAUUGUAUCCACUUCUUUUGAAAUUGAACUUGCAGGCUCCUGUUACGUAUCAAAAUAGAAGGAAGUGAAUUAUAAACUGUGAAUUGCUUUGUCCCUU